CGUCUUCUCCAUUUCCUUCUCUAAAAUCACCGGCGAUAUCUGCUCUCACCUAUCUGAUGAAUAUCAUCCACCCAUGCCUCAUCAAUUUUGCCACUACUCUCCGCCUUAUCUCCCUCAUUCACCUCUAAUUCUAGGGAUUCUACAAUUCUCGUGAGUUUUCUCAACUCCAACGACCUAGGGCAAACAAAGUGAGAAAUCAAGUCGACCCAGCCCCUGAUAAUUUGUGGAGUCAGGUGCACCGUAGAGGAUCAUGUACUACCAUAUCGUACCGCAGUAUCAAACAGAAGAGAGUAUGUAUAAUGCCAUAAGAAGAUUCGGGAAAGUUCAGUAUGACACUCUUCACCUGCCACAUAAGGUGAUGGCCCAGGAGGCCGAUGGGUCGGUAAACUUCGGCGACGGCGAGGAAACUGUUUAUUUAUUCGAUCCCGACAUUUAUACCGACGGAAGAAUAUCGAUUCAGGGGAUAGAUGGGGUUUUAUUCCCGUCGACGACGGAAUCAGAUUUGAAGAAGACGAAGACUGCAAAAAAGGUUGACCAUGUUAAGGUCAUUCCGAAAACUCAUAGAGAUUUCGAUAUCAUGGAAGUUAUUCUAAAAGAAUUUAUGAUCGCGGGCUUGAAGGUAAUAAAGAAAAAUGGUGCAUGAAGGGGAAUAUGAUGAUCAAUGGCCUAAAGGUUGGAUGAUGAAUAGCAGAAAAGGGGAUAACAAUUUGUUAUUAUCACGCCAGUCAUUCUGACAGAAUUCGAUAUCAUGGAAGUUAUUCUAGAAGAAUUUUUGAUCGCGGGCAUGAAGCUAAUAAAGAAAAUUGGUGCAUGAAGGGGAAUAUGAUGAUUAAUGGCCUAAAGGUUUGAUGAUGGUGCAUGGGAUGAAGAUAAACAAUGGUCAUUGAUCUUUCUAAAAGAAAACAAUGUUCAUUGUCAUAUUGUUAUCAAAAUGUAUCAAUCAACAUAUAUUCUUUUAAAUUGGACCAAAAUUAAUAUUUUAGAACGCAUC